ACCCAAACACAAGGCUUCUCUAUCUAAUCUCUGGCGCCAGAGACGUUCUCUCUCUCUCUCUCUCUCUCUCUCUCUCUUCUUAGAUUUAGAUCGCUUUACUGCUCAACGUGAUAAAUCUCCGUCUCGUUUUUCGCGAUCAGGUUCAUCAAUCGGAGGGAAAAUCGACUACUCUUAUUCUCUUGAUCUUUGAUCGAGCAACGGGUUCAGCUUGGAAAGCUUGUUUCUCAAACAGUGACAUCCACUAAACAGCUUAAGUUCUCUGGGUUCUUUGCCAAUGGAUAAAGGAGCGCCUUCUAGUCUUUUCGUUAAUGAUGGCUCAUUCAUGGAGAGGUUUAAACAGCUUCAACAAGAGAAGGGGAAGGAUAAGGAGAAGGAGAAGGAGAAGGGUGGUGCUUUAGAGGAUUCUAAACCCAAAAUUAUAUCUGGGGCUUCAACUCCUAAGCUUUUUGUUAGUAAAAUGACAGUGGAACCUAAGGUUAAUGAUAAACGGAAGACAACACCGGUUUCUUCAGGUGGAAAACUUGCAUUCAGCUUGAAACAGAAGUCAAAGCUCGUGGUGCCUCCUGUUAAAUUGGGUAUAGAUGAGGAUGAAGAUGAGAUGGAUUCCAACAAUGUCCCUAGUGAUGCACCGGCAAAACGACAGAAGUUGGGCCAACACGAUGCCUCUGGGCAAUCUUCAAGACAAACAGACAUUGCACCACCUUCCCCAAGUGAUCCUACAGUGAAGAAAGUUGCAGACAAACUUGCAAGUUUUGUUGCUAAAAAUGGAAGACAAUUUGAGAAUGUUACGCGGCAGAAGAAUCCCGGGGACACACCCUUCAAAUUUCUUUUUGAUGAGAGCUGUGCUGACUUCAAAUACUACGAAUAUAGGCUUGCUGAAGAGGAAAAAGCCCUUUCACAGGCCAAGGAAUCUCAAACCCCGCAUAAUGGUUCUGCUACUAUCUCUGGUGCUAAGUCCUCAAGUGGCUCACAAAGGCCAGUUCAGCAACAUUCAAGUGGCUCCCAAAGGCCAGUUCAGCAGCACUCAAGUGGCUCGCAAAGGUCAGUUCAGCAGCACUCCAGUUACCAAAUACCUGCAUCAGCUCUGUAUGAGAUCUCUGAGGAGCCUGGAGCUUCUGUAUGGUCAGGUCAAGAAACAUCAGUUGGUAGAAAUAGCAAUGGUGAUGGUAGUGCACCAACAGGUGCAGAUCCUUUAGCAAUGAUGGAAUUUUACAUGAAGAAGGCUGCUCGAGAAGAGAGAAUGAGACAGCCUAAACAAUCAAAAGAUGAGAUGCCACCGCCAGCUUCACUUCAAGGUUCUGGAAAAAGGGGCCACCACAUGGGUGACUACAUCCCACCAGAAGAGCUUGAGAAAUUCUUAGCAAGCUGUAAUGAUGCAGCUACACAGAAAGUUAACAGGGAGUCUGCAGACAAGGCAAAGAUCCAGGCAGAUAAUGUUGGGCAUAAACUCUUAUCAAAAAUGGGCUGGAAAGAAGGUGAGGGUCUAGGGAGCUCCAGAAAGGGUAUUGCAGAUCCAAUAAUGGCAGGCAAUGUCAAGAAGGACAACUUGGGCGUUGGUGCUGAACGACCUGGAGAGGUGACUCCUGAUGAUGAUAUAUAUGAGCAAUACAAGAAGCGGAUGAUGCUUGGCUACCGUUACAGACCAAAUCCUCUGAACAAUCCUCGGAAAGCAUAUUACUAAGACGAAAAUGACAAGAUAGCUAUGUCUACCGUGUUGAAGGAAUAACUUGAAGUUUCUGUCAUAUUAUGUUGAAGGAGACAGGAAACUGAUUUUGGUAUUUCUUUCAUGAUGUUUGGAGAAAACAUGCAUGUCGUUAAUCUCUUGUGAAGUUUAGUGAUCAAUGACACAAUUGUUUGUUGUUUCAAGAAGUAA